AGCACACACAGCGCCGAGAGCGACGACUUCCAUCAGCUGUCACCUUCUUCUCCAUCAAAUCCCCUUUUCCAAAUCCCAAAUACAGAACCCAAAAACCAUCGAAAUGGGUUUCGGAAACGUUUUCUUCACCUUGAUCAUCGUCUUCUCAUCAGCUCUCAUCACAUAUAACGUAAUAAUGGCAGCCAGCGCUACUCUAAGACAAGAUUUACCCGGUCCAUCAAACCCAUCAUCGUCUUCCACUUCAUUUUCCGCUGAUCCCAUCAUCAAGAUGCCAGUCGACAAACAUCUGCCGGAAAAGAAACGCCUUUUUCACACAGCAGUGACUGCAUCUGAUUCCGUCUACAAUACUUGGCAGGUUCGGAUUAUGUAUUACUGGUUUAAGAAAUUUCAGAAUGAACCCGGUUCUGAAAUGGGUGGGUUUACUAGGAUCCUUCAUUCUGGUAAACCUGAUAAGUUCAUGAAUGAGAUCCCAACUUUUGUUGCUCAACCUCUUCCUGCUGGAAUGGAUCAGGGUUAUAUUGUAUUGAAUAGACCUUGGGCAUUUGUUCAAUGGCUUAAAGAUGCAGAUAUUAAAGAAGAUUACAUAUUGAUGUCUGAGCCAGAUCAUAUAAUUGUAAAGCCAAUACCAAAUCUAUCUCAAGAUGGAUUUGGAGCUGCAUUUCCUUUCUUCUACAUCGAACCUAAAAAGUAUGAAUCAGUUCUUCGUAAAUACUUUCCGGAGGAGAAAGGACCUAUAACUAACAUUGAUCCUAUUGGAAAUUCACCUGUCAUAGUUGGAAAGGAUGCGCUUAACAAGAUUGCUCCAACUUGGAUGAAUGUUUCCUUAGCAAUGAAGAAGGAUCCCGAGACUGACAAGAAGUUUGGUUGGGUUCUUGAGAUGUAUGCUUAUGCUGUUGCGUCUGCAUAUCACGAUGUGAGCAAUAUCUUGUACAAGGAUUUCAUGAUUCAGCCUCCAUGGGAUACCGAGGUUGGGAACAAGUACAUCAUUCAUUACACAUAUGGAUGCGACUUUGAUAUGCAGGGUAAGAUGACCUAUGGAAAGAUCGGUGAGUGGAGAUUUGAUAAACGAUCUUACGGACAUGUCUACCCUCCAAGAAACCUCGAGAUGCCCCCACCCGGUGUAUCUCAAAGUGUUGUAACUCUUGUGAAAAUGGUGAAUGAAGCCUCUGCAAAUAUUCCCAAUUGGGGAGAGUAACUAAAAAGGCUUUAGAAAUCAAGUUAAGAUGAAACUAAAACUAGGGUUAUUAUACGAUACGUUUCACGAGUAUCCAGAUGAAAAGCUUGCAGAAAACGCGUAGCUCCUUAUUUGGACGCUCUUGACUACUACGGGUGCGAGGCGAUGAUUGAACAAAUGGUUUGUUUGAGAAUAUUAUGUAUUAGAAGUUAUGAAGAUCCUUUUUAAAUCUUUCUGGCAUAGAAUUGUAAAAGUGAAUUUACUUGUUUUUGUUAAACAAAAUAAAGAGAAGAUUGUGAAAAAGAAUUGACAAAAUUUACUUUGAAGGUUAAAGUUUGUAUUGAAGUGUUGGUUUUCCACACAAUCAAUGUUUAAAUAUUCCAUACAUAAUUGUUAACCCAAAUUGGUAAUAUUUUAAGUUAUCUAAAUAGAUGUGUUUUUCA